UUGUGAAACAAAGUUGAUCACUUUUGUUUUUGUUCAACCAAAAAAGUCGAUCACUUUUGUCACAAAGUUAACUUUGUUCUUCAUCACCCUCUAUAUAUACAAACCCCAACUCAUUAUCUUUCACUGUACAUAAAUUUCCAUGGAUGAUUCCUGGCGCAUGCGCAUGGGAAUGCCGAGCGUUCCCGGCCGGCACUCCGGUGCAGACCGAACCUCGACGCGUUCGGUAUUCCCCGCCUAUUCGGGGGCCGCCAAAAUUUUUGAAGCGGACGUCGACUUUGCCGACGUGUUUGGGGGUCCCCCACGUAGCGUUCCCCGCCAAUCUACCGGCUGCUCCACUUCGUCGUUCUUUGAGGAGAUUUUCCGGCCGGUGGUCGUAUCUACAUCUGAAAAGAGCGGCAGGAGCUUGCCGGAGUUCAGGAUUCCAUCGAGGAGUGCGGGUUUCUAUAGUGAUAUCUUUGGAUCGGACGACGAGUUCCAGCGGAGGUCUAGAGAGCGGUCGAGGCCGAACUCUGUGGCCAAGUCGAAUUCAUCUUCGGUGCUGAGCUCGGAGGAGCUGAGUCCUCUCCGACCGGUCAUCCGCGAUGACGUGGCGUUGUCGUCGUUUGCUUCGAAGCUCAGGCCAAUAAAUGUGAGAUGGGAUUCAUCGACCAUGAAGCCCGCCUAUAAGGAAUCACAUUCAGAAAAACAAGGCAUACCAGCAGGUGUUAAUUGCAAAAGUAACGAAAACACAUACGAUGAACAUACUAGAGCUUCCUACUUUGGGUUCACACGGAAGGCUUUGUCACCUGAAACCAUUAGUAUCGAACCGAGUUCAUUUCGAAGUGUCAAGCUAUCCACGGAGGAUCUUGAACUACUCAACUCCCCUUCAUCGGAAGUCUCUUCGAUUUGUCAAGAACAUGACUUACAUGAGGCCAAAACGGGAAUUCUUCAUGAUCCUGUUUUGCCAGGAUUAGAAGUGGAGGUGCAAAAACAAGAAGAACUAGACGAUGAAGAAGAAGAAGAAGAAGAAGAUGAUGAUGAUGACGAUGAUGAAGUGAUGAGCUCUUAUGUGAUUGAGAUCAAUUCUGACCAUAGAGAGGGUACAUGUGAAGAAGAUAACCUUGAAGAAGCAAUUGCUUGGGCCAAAGAGAAGUUCCAAAGUUUUAGUGCUUCUGAAAAAGAAUCGAACAUGACAGCUCAUGAUCACAACGAGCAGGCCAUUGAAAUGGAUGAAGGAAGGCCUAACGGGGAUGAAUGCUCGGAUCAACAAAGAGAUGCACACGAAAUGACUAGAACUUCUGAGGUAUUGGCUUUACAAGAAUACAAGAAUACAACAUUAAUUCAUAUUAUAAUUGAAGUCUCAGAAUUGUUUACCUCCUCGAACAAUGGAGAAGAAAAAACAUGGUUAGGUGAAGAUGAAAAGCAACAUUCAGAUAAAGAUAUGGAGCUGGAGUUAUUGGAUGAAGAUGUAAGGUUAUGGUCAGCUGGGAAGGAAUCAAACAUUCGAAUGCUUCUUUCAACACUACACCAGAUUCUAUGGCCCAAUAGUGGAUGGUAUGCAACACCUCUGACGAGCCUAAUAGAAAGUUCACAGGUCAAGAAAGCCUAUCAAAAGGCAAGGCUAUGUCUCCACCCUGACAAACUGCAACAAAGAUCAGCAACACCUGCUCAAAAAUAUGUUGCUGAAAAAGCUUUCUGCAUUCUCCAGGAUGCAUGGUCUCUAUUCAUCUCCCAAGAUGUGUUCAUAUUUUAGUUGAUGAUCUCAGCGCUUGGAAGUUUUGACUUUAAGAUUGCGAUUGAACUAUACGUACAAGCAAGCUUUUAGGUAUCCAUCAUAUAUACUCACAAUGUCGAUCAUGUUUUUCAUUCAUAGGCUUUGUAUAUGCGAGAUAUGUACAAUAUGAACUGCUAUAGUUGGUAUUUCUAAUCGGUGUAAGAUUUGAAGUAAUCAACAGUUUUCUAGUACUUACGCCGAUUUUACAAUUGAAACUUCCG